AACUAAAUUAACUACUUUUCAAAAACUUCCAAAUUAACUUUCCCCUUCUGAUUUGUUGUCCCACAACUCCCUCCCCCUUCCUCCAUCUUCAUCUUCAAUCCUUCAGCUCUCCCAUGGGACAACUUUGAUUAACCCUAUUCCCAUGGGAGGCUGCCUCUCUUCCAACCCCUCCCCGGACAGGCCUCGGCUUCCCCACAAGGAUGCCAAGGCCCCGCCCGAACUGCCCCGGAAAUCGGUUUCCUUCCUUCCCCCGGUCUCCGUCAUCAACAACCCGAGGGGGGAUGACAUCUACGGCCGAUACCGGUUCGGGAAGGAGCUCGGACGGGGGGAGUUCGGGGUGACCCACCUGUGCUUCGACCUCAAAACAGGGGAGACGCUGGCGUGCAAGUCGAUUGCGAAGAGCAAGCUGAGGACGGAGAUCGACGUGGAUGAUGUGAGGAGGGAGGUGGAUAUCAUGAGGCACUUGCCCCGUCACCCCAACAUUGUGAGUUUCAGAGAGGCUUAUGAGGAUAAGGAGGCUGUUCAUUUGGUAAUGGAGCUUUGCGAGGGUGGCGAGCUCUUCGAUCGGAUCGUUGCCAAAGGGCAUUACACCGAGCGUGCUGCUGCCCUCGUCACGAAGACCAUUGUAAAGGUCGUUCAGCUGUGUCAUACACACGGGGUAAUGCACCGAGACCUAAAACCUGAGAACUUCUUGUUUGCAAAUACAAGUGAGACUUCUCCACUAAAAGCGAUUGAUUUUGGCCUCUCCAUGUUCUUUGAGCCCGGUGAGCGUUUCAGCGAAAUCGUUGGAAGCCCAUAUUACAUGGCCCCAGAAGUCCUGAGACGCAAUUACGGACCAGAAGUAGAUGUAUGGAGUGCAGGCGUUAUCCUUUAUAUCUUAUUGUGUGGAGUUCCACCUUUUUGGGCAGAAACUGAAGAGGGAAUUGCACAUGCAAUUGUUCGUUCUGUCGUAGAUUUUGAGAGGGAUCCUUGGCCGAAAGUUUCUAAAGAUGCAAAGAAUCUUGUGAUAAGAAUGCUAGAUCCUAAUCCCUUCAGCAGGCUUAAAGCUGAGGAAGUCCUUGAACAUCCUUGGAUACAAAAGGCCAACGAGGUGCCUAAUGUUCCACUUGGAGAAAAUGUCAGAACAAGGAUCAAGCAAUUUACGUUGAUGAAUAAGUUCAAGAAAAGAGUUCUUAGAGUGGUGGCAGACAACCUGCCAAUUGAGCAAGUCGCAGGGAUUAAACAAAUGUUUCACAUGAUGGACACUGACAAAAAUGGGAUUUUGAGUUUUGAAGAGCUCAAAGAUGGUCUUCAUAUGUUUGGGCAACCUGUCGCUGAUCCUGACGUGCAGAUGCUAAUGGAUGCCGCGGAUAUUGAUGGAAAUGGCACACUGAACUGCGAAGAGUUCGUGACAAUGUCUGUACACUUGAAGAAAAUUAGCAGUGAUGAGCAGCUUGCAAAAGCUUUCAGCUUCUUCGACAAGGAUAAGAACGGAUAUAUUGAGCUUGAAGAACUGAAAGAAGCCUUGUUAGAGGACAAUCUUGGUUCCAACUACGAGCAGGUGCUCCGAGACAUCCUAUCGGAUGUUGACUCUGAUAAGGAUGGUCGGAUCAGUUACGAAGAGUUCAAGGCAAUGAUGAAAGCUGGCAUGGAUUGGAAGAUGGCUUCUCGCCAAUACUCCAGAGCAAUGUUAGGUGCACUUAGCCUCAAAUUGUUCAAAGACAAAUCUUCAAAUUUGAAAAAUUAAAUGUUACAACACAAAGUAAGAA